GUUCGAGUCGUAUGCGGUGCUGGACGACAAUUGCGGGUGGACGAUGUGCCCGAGUUCAAAGUUGAUGGACAACAAAAGAGCUUGCUUGGCGCGAUGACACGACAGGGAUGAUGCUCUGGCGCGUCUAAGCUUGAGCUUGUUGGUGGAUGAGGGUUGGCAUUCACUCGAGCAUUGACUUUCACACAAACAAGACGGGAGUAUUUCACAGGACUCAGGAGGCGUCCACCACAGUAUCGAUCAGAUCAAUCAGCGAUCGGCCCAUAUCUUCUUCGACACCCGCACGUCAGACACCAUGGCGCUCUUCAGACCCUUGAUGCUGCGCACAGCUUUCUCGACCUCGCAAUCAAUCUGCAUUCGCUAUGCUGCCUUGCGCUACGCCUCCACAUCAACUUCGGAGUCUGUCGUCCUCCCGCGGUUGAAGGACGACCUUAAGACCGCGAUGCGCUCGAAGAACAAGCCUGCGCUUAAUGUCAUUCGCGCGCUCCAAGCCGAGAUCAUCAAUGCUUCUAAGACCGCGAAACCGAUCGAGAACGACGGCACGUUCUACUCGCUAGUUCAGAAGCAGAUCAAGGCUGCGAAUGCCACGAUCGAGGAGUGCAACGCGGCGAAGCGUCCAGACUUGGUAGAGAAAGAGCAGGCGCAGCUAGACGUGCUCAACAAAUACGCCGAGGACAUUCCCAAGGUGUCGCAGGAGGAACUGAACGGCCUCAUCGACCAGGCGAUUGCUGGGUUCGAGGAGGCCAAGAGGGCGUACGGUCCCAUUAUGGGCAAGGUCAUGGGCGCCAUUAAGGGAAGGCCGCACGACGUUGAGUAUGUGCAGAAGAAGAUCGAGGAGCUUGUCGGAAAGAAAUGAGUGCCAGGACGAUGUUUUCCGACCGUACAAAUGUAGUAUAUCGUGCACCAAGAAGGUGUACCUUGUAAGAUUAGAAUGCGAAGAGGAAGGCAUGCUGCAUGGUGUCAGACGCUUCAAUGUCAACACGUAUUCUGCACUUGUGCAAUU